CCCACCACUCCACUCCACUCCUGUGCCUCAGAGUUCAUCAAGUACUCUACUCGUCAGGUACCAGGUAAAAUGGAUGCCCAGAACAAGGAGGUCGACGCCCUGGUCCACAAGAUCACCGGCCUCCACGCCGCCAUCGCCAAGCUGCCGUCCCUCAGCCCAUCCCCCGACGUCGACGCGCUCUUCACCGACCUGGUCACCGCGUGCGUCCCCCCGAGCCCCGUGGACGUGACCAAGCUCGGCCCGGAGGCGCAGGAGAUGCGGGAGGGCCUCAUCCGCCUCUGCUCCGAGGCCGAGGGGAAGCUGGAGGCGCACUACUCCGACAUGCUCGCCGCCUUCGACAACCCGCUCCACCACCUCGCCAUCUUCCCCUACUACAGCAACUACAUCAACCUCAGCAAGCUGGAGUACGAGCUCCUGGCGCGCUACGUGCCCGGCGGCAUCGCCCCGGCCCGCGUCGCGUUCAUCGGCUCCGGCCCGCUGCCGUUCAGCUCCUACGUCCUCGCCGCCCGCCACCUGCCCGACACCAUGUUUGACAACUACGACCUGUGUGGCGCGGCCAACGACCGUGCGAGCAAGCUGUUCCGCGCGGACAAGGAAGUGGGCGCCCGCAUGUCGUUCCACACCGCUGACGUCGCGGACCUUGCCGGCGAGCUCGCCGCGUACGACGUCGUCUUCCUGGCCGCGCUCGUGGGCAUGGCCGCCGAGGACAAGGCCAAGGUGAUCGCACACCUCGGCGCGCACAUGGCGGACGGGUCGGCCCUCGUCGUGCGCAGCGCGCACGGGGCGCGUGGGUUCCUGUACCCGAUCGUCGAUCCCCAGGACAUCGGCCGAGGCGGGUUUGAGGUGCUGGCCGUGUGUCACCCCGACGACGACGUGGUGAACUCCGUCAUCAUCGCACAGAAGUCCAAGGACAUGCAUGCCAAUGAACACCGCAACGGGCGUGGUGGACAGUACGCGCGGGGCACGGUGCCGGUGGUGAGCCCGCCGUGCAGGUUCGGCGAGAUGGUGGCGGACGUGACCCAAAAGAGAGAGGAGUUCGCCAAUGCCGAAGUGGCCUUCUGAUCGUUGCGACGUACUCCCUCCGUCCGAAAAUACUUGUCAUCAAAAUGGACAAAAGAGGAUGUAUCUAGAUGUAUUUUAGGUCUAGAUACAUCUUUUUUUUGUCUAUUUUGACGACAAGUAUUUUCGGACGAAGGGAGUAAUGAAAAUGAGCGGGCGUGUGUGGUCAUCGUCCGUACGUGGCUGCUUGAUCGCAGGCAAUCGUACGUGGUAGUUUUACUACUACUACUAUCAUCUAUGCAUUUCAAGUCAUGUGUUGUUUGUACCCAAUAAUGUAAGUGUGAUGUUUACAAGCGCAUGUCCUGUAGACUUGUCUAUGAAAGGCAGGCUAGACCAGGAUAAUGUGCCAAGAAACAAUAUGUGUCGUUGUAGGUGUAAGUGUUGAGAAUAAGACGAUUUUCCUUCACAAA